AAUAAUAACAACACACGAGCCAUGUCUAUCAACCAAACCACCAACCAAGACGAACAAAACCAGCAAGAACAGACAAACUUCUUCGAGCCCAUCGGAGAUACUGCCGAACGAUUGGGCCAAGCUGGGACAGCGCAAGAUCAACAGGACCGGGAAGCGAAGGAUGAUGAUGAUCAGGGAGAGGAGGAAGUAUGCAUGCCCGAAGGAGUCGACUCGAUCGAAAGUCUUUGCAUGAAUUGUGGAAAAAAUGGCAGUACGAGGAUGUUACUGACCUCGAUCCCCUUCUUCAGAGAGGUCAUCGUCGUCUCGUUCCGUUGUCCGCACUGUCAUCACUCGAACAACUCGAUCCAAUCGGCCGGCCAGAUCCAGCCGCGAGGGGCGAUCUACACGAUCAAGAAUGUCCAUCAACCGGUGGACCUGAACCGGCAGGUGAUCAAGUCAGAGCACGGGCAGAUCAAGAUCAAAGAGCUCGAGCUGGAGAUCCCUAAGGGGAACGGGAAGAUGACGACGAUCGAAGGCCUGAUCAGGGACACGAUCGACGACCUCAGUCUCAACCAACCCGCCCGGAAACAUCUCGACCCAUUGGUCUACCAAAAGAUCGAAGAGCUCUUGGAGAAGCUCACCGCCAUCCUCCAGUUUCGUUCCCAGCCGGUGACCGUCGAGCUGGAGGACAUCACCGGCAACAGCUUCAUCGAGGCGAUCGACGGACUCGAUGACCCGAACUGGUCGAAACGAGAAUUCAAUCGGACGACUGAGCAGAAUGCGGAGCUUGGUCUGGUCCCCCAACCGGGCGAGAGCGCCCAGGGGCUGACGGACGACUACGAGGGGGAGGAUCCAGAGGAGGUGUACUCGUUUCCAAGCACCUGCGGCUCGUGUGGACACACCCUGAACACCCGGAUGAAGAAGAUCGAGAUCCCGCACUUCAAGGAGAUCAUCCUCAUGUCGACCAACUGUGGGACGUGUGGAUACAAGGACAACGAGGUCAAGUCGGCCACCGCCAUCUCGCCUCGGGGCACCAAGCUGGUCCUCAAGGUCUCCGAUAAGGAGGACCUUGCACGAGAUAUCCUCAAGUCCGAGACCGCCGAACUCUCGAUCCCCGAGAUCGACCUUCAUCUUAACCCCGGAACCCUCGGCGGUAGAUUCACCACUCUCGAAGCCUCCUCAAUCAAGUCUUCGAUGAACUCGAUCAGAAGGUCUUCGCUAGAGGCGACUCCGUUGCCCCAUCCUCUUCUCUCCAAAACCCUUCCACUGAAGAUGGGCCAGGCCGAGGACAAACAAAAUCAUUCGAAAUCAUCGAUGGAACUAUUCUUGAACAAGUUCAAAAGAAUCAUUUCGGCAGAGACGCCAUUCACGGUGAUCCUAGACGACCCGAUCUCGAACUCGUUUAUCCAGAACAUCUACGCGCCCGACGAUGAUCCGGCAAUCGAGAAGAUCGAGUACGAGCGCAGCUUCGAUCAGAAUGAGGAGCUGGGCUUAAACGAUAUGAAGACUGAAAAUUAUUCUUAG